UAUAUAAAAUAUGUACAAUAAAUGUAUGUUAGUUAGAUGGUGUGACCUCAUAGAGUAUCGCAAUUGGCCGGUUUUUUUUUUGCUUGUGUUUUAAGUAAAUUUGCGAUGAGUUUCUCCACGAUAACUUAUUCAUAUGAUAUAAUUAUUUGCUUGUGAGGCCUGGUCAACCGCUUGAAAGAGAGCGUAAUGUUUGUGUACAUUUUUGCUAUUGCUCUCAGUGACGACAUAGUCUCUCUGUAUUUUAAAUCAAACAGCUGAUACAAUAUUUUUAUAAAUAUAUAAUAUAUACACAUACUUGCUACACACACACUCAUACAUACAUACAUAUGUAUGUAAGCUUUUGCAAAUUAGGCCUCUACUCAACAAAUUUAUUUAUUUAGCAUUUUUAUGCACAUUUUCGUAUACAUAUAAAUGAUUGCAAGCAUUCGAAUAUUUAUUCAAACGUAAUUUGUUGUUUUUAAACAUUUUUUGUUUAUAUUCCCGCGAAAUAUCGGUUAUGUGUUGUACUUUACUAUGCAUUUCCGGUUUUCUCACUCUCUAUGCCGUCACCUCGAUGCUAUUUGCUGUCAAUGCAAAUGAAUUUUAUUUGAAUUUCGACAUUUUCUUUACUGGCCAUGGGUGUCGUUGGUUAUCUUAUUCACUUCGCAAUAGCGCUGGUAAUUGUGAAUAAAGAAGUAACUCCCACACGCGGUAUGCUUUAUCCACGGGAAUCUGAAACACGUGAAGUGCGCUCCUUAGAUGGUCUAUGGAACUUUGUCACAUCGGACGAGGCGAAUCCCACACAAGGAGUGAGGGACAAAUGGUUUAGUGAUGACCUAAGUAAAGUUAAAGAUGUGAUACCAAUGCCAGUGCCUGCCAGCUACAACGACAUAACUACGGAUAACACAAUUCGAGAUCACGUUGGGACUGUGUGGUAUGAUCGCAAAUUUUUCGUGCCAAAAUCAUGGGCAAAGGAUCAGAGGGUAUGGCUUCGCUUUGGUAGUGUACACUACGAGGCCUUUGUGUGGAUAAAUGGCGAAAUGGUGGUAAAACACGAAAUGGGUCAUUUGCCAUUCGAAGCUGAGGUCACAAAUUUCGUUAAAUAUGGCGAAGAAAAUCGCAUAACUGUUAUGUGUGACAAUGCUCUUAUACAAACAACAGUACCACAGGGAAAAAUUAGCGAAGUCAAGAAGGAUGGAGGAGUGGCUAUAGUUCAAACUUAUACGUUUGACUUCUUCAAUUACGCAGGCAUACAUCGUUCCGUCCAUUUGUACACCACGCCUAAGACAUUUAUCGAAGAAGUCGAAGUCACCUCCGAUUUGGAAGAUUCAAAUUCAGUGGGGCAUGUUUACUACAAAGUAAAAGUGGGCGGAACGGCUUCCAACGAAGCGGACAGCAAUCUGCAAAUACGUGUCAAGUUGCGUAACAAAGAAAGUGUAACUGUUGCUAAUGGAACUUCUGAUGGUGACUUGAAGGGUGCACUGGAAGUAAAGAAUGUUAAACCAUGGUGGCCGUAUUUGAUGCAUGCAGAACCUGGUUACCUCUAUCAAAUAGAACUGUUUUUACACACUGCCGAUAACACUCUGCUUGAUGUCUACCGACUUAAAGUUGGCAUACGCACACUCACUUGGAACAACACUUCCUUCCUUAUUAAUGGACAGCCGGUAUACCUCCGAGGCUUUGGCAAACAUGAAGAUUCAGAUAUACGUGGUAAAGGAUUAGAUUUUGCAUUACUCACGCGUGAUAUGAACUUGCUGAAGUGGAUUGGAGCAAAUGCUUAUCGCACUUCACAUUAUCCUUACUCAGAGGAGUCCAUGCAAUUUGCCGAUGAGAAUGGCAUUAUGAUUAUUGACGAGUGCCCCAGCGUAGACACUGACAAUUAUAACCAGGCGCUCUUGGACAAACAUAAAUCUUCCAUGGAGCAGUUAAUUCAUCGCGAUCGAAACCACCCAAGUGUGAUUAUGUGGUCGAUAGCUAAUGAGCCUCGCACGAGUCCUUUUCAAGCUGAUUCACACUUCCAGUUCGUGGCCAACUUCACCCGCGCGCUCGAUGGUACAAGGCCUGUAACCGCUGCCAUAGCCGUUCCCUCCGCAAGUGAUAAAGCUGCUAAACAUUUGGAUAUAAUAUGUUUUAAUCGAUACAAUGGAUGGUAUAGCAAUCCAGGCAAAUUAGACAUGAUUACCACGCAUGUUGUCGAAGAGGCGAUUACUUGGAAUAAAAAACACAAUAAACCCGUCAUGAUUGGUGAGUAUGGUGCUGACACAAUCGAGGGUUUACAUUUACUACCAGCAUAUAUUUGGUCGGAGGAAUAUCAAAAUGAAUUGUUUUCGAAGCACUUCAAAGCUUUCGAUAUUCUUAGAAAAAAGGAAUGGUUUAUUGGAGAAUUUGUUUGGAAUUUCGCAGACUUCAAGACAGCACAAUCUAUAACUCGGGUUGGUGGUAAUAAAAAAGGUGUUUUCACACGCAAUCGCCAACCGAAAGCUACAGCACAUCUGCUGCGUAAGCGUUAUUUUGCUCUUGGUCGUGAAUUGGACCGUUGUAAUCUUCCGGAGGACCUAUUCCUUUAUAUCACCGAUGCGACAUCAACAGAGUCGCGUGGUAAACGCGAAACAGCUGACUUAUAGAACUGGUUCAACGCCAACGAGAGUAAAGCCUACUGAAUGUAGAAAUAGCAGCUCCACUCCAAUUCCAAGUUCAAUUAAGCAUUUUACUUUUUGUCUUUUGACUGGCUGAAGUUUCGUAUAUUACAAUAGAUAAUUUUGUAUUAAAAAUAUUUUUAUAUGCAUUUAUUAAGCUCUGAUAAAUAUAUUUAAAGUUAAUGGUUAAAUAAAUAUGUAUAUCUUAGUAUAAAACACAUACAUACAAACAAAAUGGAGACACAUGAACAAUUAGACCACUGUUCUAAAUUUUAUAUACACGUAUAUUAUUGUAUAUGUACUCGUACAUCAGGUAAUUUCUGCAUGUAUGAAUAUCGCAUCAUAGUCACUUGUACAGAGUUUAUAUAAAAAUAAGUUAAUUAUACUUGUACAAAAUACUUGUCAAAAACUAUUACUAAAGUAUGUAUGGAAUCGAUAUGUACGUACAUACAUGUGUAUGUUUAAAUUAUUCACAAAUGCCUUAAAUUGUAACAAAUUUGUUGAUUUAAUUGGGUCGUAAAUCUAUAUUUAAGCUAUUAAAAUUAUGUUAUAA